AUGUUAAAAAUAGAAAAUAAAAUACUUCAGUGUUUUUUUUUUUUCUUCUUCUUUUGCCUUCUUUCUUCCUCUUCCUCUUCUCCUCCUCCUCCUCCUUUUUCUUCCUCUUCCUCUUCUCCUCCUCCUCCUCCUUUUUCUUCUUCUUCUUCUCCUCCUCCUUUUUCUUCUUCUUCUUCUUCUAUUCCCCCCUUUCUGCUUCUCAUCGCCAUUUUCUUGUAUCACCUCAUCAUCAUCAUCUACUAUAUACUCAUUUUCUUGUAUCUAUUUCUCUUCUUUUUCUUCUUCUUCUUCUUCUUCUUCUUCUUCUUCUUCUUCUUCUUCUUCUUCUUCAUUCCUACUUCUUCUCCUCUUUUUCUUCAUGAAGUACCUCCUUCUCCUCCUCCUCCUCCUAUUUUUCUUUCUUCUAUUUCCUUCUCCUCUUCUACUAUUUCCUCCCCUUCCCCUCCUCUUCCUCGUCCUCCUUUUUGUAUCUCCUUCUCCUGUUCUCCUCUUUCUUCUUGUAUCUCCUUCUCCUCCUCCUCUUCUUCUUCUUCUUGUAUCUCCUUAUCCUCCUCCUGCUCUUCCUUUUCAUCUCUCUCCUCAUCUGGUACUUCUAUUAUCUCCUUCUCCUCUUUUUCUUCUUGUAUCUCCUUUUUUUUAUUGUUCUUCUUCUAUUUCCUCCUACUCUUCUUCUUUUAUCUUUUUUUCUUCUUCUUCUUCUCUGAUCCUCUUUUACUUUUAUCUCGUCUUCCGCUCCUUCUCCUCUUUUUCUGUCUCCACUUCCGCCUCUUCUUUUAUCUCCCCUUCAUUUAA